GAAUGGAAUCGUCAUUACAUGUGAAAUGGUUUGAUUCCUCCUGCAUACCGUAGAAUUCGCGGAAGAAAGAAAUGUCUUUCAAACCGACUGGGGUCACGUUUUGCACGAAUUACAUGAAGACAACAUCAAUAUUGCUGGAUUUGUGUCGGAUAACUGACAGCCUAUAAAUCCACGACUUGCUGAGAAGAACCACCAUCCUUCACAAUGUUCCUCACCAUGGCCCUGCUGAGGAAAGGCAUCUCUGGGAAGCAGUGGAUCGGGAAGUACCGUCGGCCACGUGCCAUCACCUGGCAGAUGAAACGCAACAUGCUGGUGCACCUGGAACGCGAGGCAGAGAAUGAGUAUUGGAUCUCCAGACCAUACAUGACCCCAGAGCAGGAGAGAGGACACGCCGCUGAGCGCCGAGCACAGAACUGGCUCAAAAUUAAGGAGACCAAGUUUCAAAAGUUUCCAGAACAUAAAUAUGUUGCGGAUCAUCUAAGUCACCUCAACACAACCAAGACAUGGUCCAGUUAAUAACGAGGAAGUAUUGACUUUGUGUGGGGGGAUGGAGAGAGGGUUGACUCCGGUGUGAAAUGUAUGUAAUGUAUAUGAACUAUGGAGUGUUGGAAAUUCUCUAUAAAGCCAGCUCUGAUUUAAAAACCA